UGCAACCUCCCUGGCCGGCGAGAGUUCGGUUGAGAGGUUGCUGGAUGGUUGGUACCACUGAUGAGAGAGCGGGCGAAAGAAGGGACUAUUUUAACACGCACUGGAGCACUGUUACAUUCAUCUAUUGGACACUGCUGAGCACCUGGGCAGGGUUUCUUCAUCUACCGUGUGCGGUGGCGUAGUGUCUUCUGCUUCUGGUUUCCAGCAGAAAUGUCACAGAGGAGCGGGCAGGAGGACCCGGAGCGGUACCUCUUUGUGGACCGCGCUGUGGUCUACAACCCGGCUGCACAGGCCGACUGGACUGCCAAGAGGCUAGUAUGGAUCCCGUCAGAACGCAACGGCUUCGAGGCUGCCAGUAUUCGUGAGGAGCGCGGAGAUGAGGUGGUGGUGGAACUGGCAGAGAAUGGGAAGAAGGCGGUGGUCAACAAGGAUGACAUCCAGAAGAUGAAUCCGCCAAAGUUCAGCAAAGUAGAGGACAUGGCCGAACUCACCUGUCUGAACGAAGCCUCUGUGCUUCACAACCUCAAAGACCGCUACUACUCUGGCCUCAUCUAUACAUACUCUGGUCUCUUCUGUGUUGUCAUAAAUCCCUACAAAAACCUGCCCAUCUACUCAGAGAACAUCAUUGAGAUGUACAGGGGCAAAAAGAGGCACGAAAUGCCCCCUCACAUCUACGCCAUCUCAGAGUCUGCGUACAGAUGCAUGUUACAAGAUCGAGAGGACCAAUCCAUUCUUUGCACAGGUGAGUCAGGAGCUGGCAAGACAGAAAAUACAAAAAAGGUCAUUCAGUACCUGGCACAUGUUGCCUCCUCCCACAAAGGAAGAAAAGACCACAGCAUUCCUCCAGAAUCACCCAAACCAGUGAAACUACAGAGUGGACCCCUGUUUUAUGGUGAAUUGGAACGUCAGCUUUUACAAGCCAACCCCAUCCUUGAAUCUUUUGGGAACGCUAAGACAGUGAAAAACGACAACUCGUCACGUUUUGGGAAAUUUAUCCGUAUCAACUUUGAUGUCACCGGAUACAUCGUUGGAGCCAAUAUUGAAACCUACUUACUGGAGAAAUCCAGAGCUAUUCGUCAAGCCAAAGAUGAGCGCACCUUCCACAUCUUCUACCAGCUGCUGGCUGGAGCGGGAGAGCACCUCAAAUCGGACCUGCUUUUGGAAGGAUUCAACAACUACCGUUUCCUGUCUAACGGUAACAUCCCGAUCCCGGGCCAGCAGGACAAAGACAACUUCCAGGAGACCAUGGAGGCUAUGCACAUCAUGAGCUUUGGCCAUGAGGAGAUUCUGGCCAUGCUGAAAGUGGUGUCCUCGGUGCUUCAGUUUGGUAACAUUAACUUUAAGAAGGAGAGGAACUCUGACCAAGCCUCUAUGCCUGAUAAUACUGCCGCUCAGAAGCUGUGUCAUCUGCUGGGUAUGAAUGUAAUGGAGUUUACCAGAGCCAUCCUGUCCCCGAGGAUCAAAGUGGGAAGAGACUACGUGCAGAAAGCACAGACUAAAGAGCAGGCUGACUUUGCAGUCGAGGCGUUGGCUAAAGCGACAUAUGAGCGUCUGUUCCGCUGGUUGGUCCAUCGCAUUAACAAAGCUCUGGACAGAACCAAACGGCAGGGUGCCUCCUUCAUCGGCAUCCUGGACAUUGCGGGUUUUGAGAUUUUCCAGUUGAACUCAUUUGAGCAGCUGUGUAUUAACUACACCAAUGAGAAGCUGCAGCAGCUCUUCAACCACACCAUGUUCAUCCUGGAGCAGGAGGAGUACCAGAGGGAGGGCAUCGAGUGGAGUUUCAUCGACUUCGGUCUUGACCUGCAGCCCUGCAUCGACCUCAUUGAGAGGCCGGCAAACCCUCCCGGGGUGUUGGCUCUUCUGGAUGAAGAGUGCUGGUUCCCCAAGGCCACAGACAAAACCUUUGUAGACAAGCUGAUCCAAGAGCAGGGCACACACCCCAAGUUCCAGAGGCCCCGCCAGCUCAAAGACAAGGCCGACUUCUGCAUCAUCCACUACGCUGGCAGGGUUGACUACAAGGCAGAUGAGUGGCUGAUGAAGAACAUGGACCCCCUGAAUGACAAUGUGGCCACACUUCUACACCAGUCAACUGACAAGUUUGUGGCUGAACUUUGGAAAGAUGUGGACCGUAUUGUGGGCCUGGACCAGGUGGCAGGGAUGAACGAGACAGCCUUUGGCGCCACCUACAAAACGAAAAAGGGCAUGUUUCGUACAGUGGGACAGCUCUACAAGGAGUCGCUCACCAAGCUCAUGGCCACACUGAGGAACACCAACCCCAACUUUGUGCGCUGCAUCAUCCCCAACCACGAGAAAAGAGCUGGUAAACUGGAGCCUCACCUGGUCCUGGACCAGCUGAGGUGUAAUGGAGUCCUAGAGGGGAUUCGCAUCUGCAGACAGGGUUUCCCCAACCGCAUCGUCUUCCAGGAAUUCAGACAGAGAUAUGAGAUCCUGACACCUAACGCUAUCCCCAAAGGAUUCAUGGAUGGGAAACAAGCCUGUGAGAGAAUGAUCCGAGCCCUGGAGCUGGACCCCAACCUGUUUCGUAUCGGUCAGAGUAAGAUCUUCUUCAGAACCGGGGUUCUGGCUCACCUGGAGGAGGAGAGAGACUUGAAGAUCACCGACAUCAUCAUCUACUUCCAGUCUGUUUGCCGUGGAUACUUGGCACGCAAGGCCUUUGCUAAGAAGCAGCAGCAGCUGAGUGCUCUGAAGGUCCUCCAGAGGAACUGCGCUGCUUACCUGAAGCUGCGACACUGGCAGUGGUGGCGGCUCUUCACCAAGGUGAAGCCUCUGCUGCAGGUCACCAGGCAGGAGGAGGAGCUGCAAGCCAAAGAUGAGGAGCUGGUGAAGGUCAAGGAGAGACAGCUCAAGGUGGAGAAUGAGCUUGUGGAGAUGGAGAGGAAACACCAACAGCUCGUAGAGGAGAAGAAUAUUCUAGCAGAACAACUCCACGCAGAGACGGAGCUGUUUGCCGAGGCCGAGGAGAUGAGAGUUCGCCUGCUCUCCAGGAAGCAGGAGCUGGAGGAGAUCCUUCAUGACCUGGAGUCGAGGGUGGAGGAGGAGGAGGAGAGGAACCAGAGCCUGCAGAACGAGAAGAAGAAGAUGCAGUCACACAUCCAGGACCUGGAGGAGCAGCUCGAUGAGGAGGAAGCUGCAAGACAGAAGCUGCAGCUGGAUAAAGUGACGGCCGAGGCGAAGAUCAAGAAAAUGGAGGAGGACAUUCUCCUGCUGGAGGACCAAAACUCCAAGUUCCUUAAGGAGAAAAAGCUUUUGGAGGACAGGAUCGGCGAGAUGACCUCCCAGCUGACAGAAGAGGAGGAGAAAGCAAAGAACCUCGGCAAGGUCAAGAACAAGCAGGAGCUGAUGAUGGUUGACCUGGAAGAGCGAUUAAAGAAGGAGGAGAAAACGCGGCAGGAGCUGGAGAAGGCUAAACGCAAACUGGACGCUGAGACGACUGACCUGCAGGACCAGAUUGUUGAGCUCCAAGCCCAAAUAGAGGAGCUGAAGAUCCAACUGAGCAAGAAGGAGGAGGAGCUGCAGGCUGCUCUGGCCAGGAGUGAUGAGGAGACCGUCCAGAAGAACAACGCCUUGAAGCAGAUUCGGGAGCUGCAGGCCCAUCUGGCUGAGCUUCAGGAGGACCUGGAGUCAGAGAAGAUGUGUCGAAGUAAAGCUGAGAAAUUAAAGAGGGAUCUGAGUGAGGAGCUUGAGGCCCUGAAGACAGAGCUCGAGGACACUUUGGAUACCACCGCAGCCCAGCAGGAGCUCCGGUCCAAGCGAGAGCAAGAGGUGGCAGAGCUGAAGAAGGCCAUCGAUGAGGAGACCAAAAACCACGAGGCUCAGAUCCAGGAUAUGAGACAGAGACACGCCACAGCGCUGGAAGAGCUAGCCGAACAGCUGGAACAGGCCAAGAGGUUCAAGGCCAACCUGGAGAAGAACAAGCAGAGUCUGGAGAGCGACAACAAAGAGCUGGCCUGUGAUGUGAAGAGCCUGCAGCAGGCGAAGACAGAGUCUGAACAUAAGAGGAAGAAACUGGAGGGCCAGCUGCAGGAGUUUAUGUCCAGGGUCACCGAGGUAGACAGGGUCAAGGGAGAGCUGGCCGAACGCUCACUCAAACUACAGACGGAGCUGGACAAUGCAUCUGCUUUGCUGGAGGAGGCAGAGAAGAAGAGCCUGAAACUGGCCAAAGAAGUCGACAAACUGAACAGCAAACUGCAGGACUCAGAGGAGCUGCGCCAGGAGGAGACGCGUCAGAAGCUGAACCUGAGCGGCCAAAUCCGCCAGCUGGAGGUGGAGAAGAACACCUUGCUGGAGCAGCAGGAGGAGGAAGAGGAGGCACGACGCAACCUGGAGAAACAGCUGCAGACGGUGCACUCUCAGCUGUUUGAGACAAAGAAGAAGCUUGAGGAUGACAUGGGCUCAAUGGAGGGCCUGGAGGAGGUGAAGAGAAAACUCCAGAAGGACGUAGAGCUGACCAACCAGCGUCUGGAAGAGAAGACAAUGGCCAUGGACAAAAUGGAGAAGACCAAGAACCGGCUGCAGCAGGAGCUGGAUGACCUGAUGGUUGACCUGGACCACCAGAGACAGAUCGUCUCCAACCUGGAAAAAAAACAAAAGAAGUUCGACCAGCUACUGGCUGAAGAGAAGACCAUCUCAGCUCGUUAUGCUGAGGAGCGUGACCGUGCAGAGGCUGAGGCCAGAGAGAAGGACACCAAGGCUUUGUCUAUGGCCAGAGCUCUGGAAGAGGCCUUGGAGGCCAAAGAAGAACUGGAGAGGUUUAACAAGCAGCUCCGUGCUGAGAUGGAGGACCUGAUGAGCUCCAAGGAUGACGUGGGGAAGAACGUCCAUGAGCUGGAGAAGUCCAAGCGAACACUGGAGCAGCAGGUGGAGGAGAUGAGAACUCAGCUGGAGGAGCUGGAGGAUGAGCUGCAGGCCACAGAAGACGCCAAACUGCGUCUGGAGGUCAACAUGCAGGCCAUGAAGGCUCAGUUUGACCGAGACCUGCAGGCCAGAGACGAGCAGGGAGAGGAGAAAAAGAGGGCGCUUGUCAAACAGGUGCGUGAGAUGGAGGCAGAGCUGGAGGACGAGAGGAAGCAGAGAACUCUGGCUGUUGCUGCCAAGAAGAAGCUGGAGAUGGACCUGAACGAGCUGGAGGGACAGAUCGAAGCCGCAAACAAAGGCAGGGAUGAGGCUGUGAAACAACUCAGAAAACUCCAGGCUCAGAUGAAGGACUAUCAGAGAGAGCUGGAAGAGGCCAGAGCCUCCAGGGAUGAGAUCUUCACCCAGUCCAAGGAGAACGAGAAGAAACUCAAGAGCCUAGAGGCUGAAAUCCUGCAGCUACAGGAGGACCACGCAGCAUCAGAGAGGGCCCGUCGACAUGCUGAGCAGGAGAGGGACGAGCUGGCUGAUGAGAUCUCCAACAGUGCUUCUGGAAAGUCGUCGCUGCUGGAAGAAAAGAGGAGGCUGGAGGCUCGUAUUGCCCAGCUGGAGGAGGAGCUGGAGGAGGAGCAGGGCAACAUGGAGCUGCUCAAUGACCGUUUCAGAAAGACCAAUAUCCAGGUUGAAAAUCUGAACACAGAGUUGGCCGGAGAACGCAGCACUGCACAAAAGAGUGAGAAUGCUCGGCAACAGAUGGAGCGGCAGAACAAGGACUUGAAAGCCAAGCUGGCAGAGCUGGAGGGGACGGUCAAGUCAAAGUUUAAGGCGUCCAUCACUGCCCUGGAGGCCAAGAUCCUGCAGCUGGAGGAGCAGCUGGAGCAGGAAGGAAAGGAAAGAGCAGCAGCCAAUAAGAUCGUCCGUCGCACAGAGAAGAAACUGAAGGAGGUGAUGAUGCAGGUGGAGGACGAGCGUCGUCACGCCGACCAGUAUAAGGAGCAGAUGGAGAAAGCCAACUCUCGUAUGAAGCAGCUGAAGCGUCAGCUGGAGGAGGCGGAGGAGGAGGCCACCAGGGCCAACGCCACCCGACGGAAGCUGCAGAGGGAGCUGGAUGACGCCACAGAGGCCAGCGAGGGUCUCACCCGGGAGGUCAACUCACUCAAGAACCGCCUCAGGCGCGGUGGUCCAGUCAGCAGCUUCUCCUCCAGCCGCUCAGGCCGACGCAACCUCAAUCUGGAUGGUGCUUCUGUUGAUAUGUCAGACGAUGACGCUGACAGCCGUGCUGGUGACUUCAACGAGACGCAAACCGCCAACGCCGAGUAAACACGACAACCCUCUCCUUCCUGGCUCCCCCCCCCCC